AUGUCAAUCGACAAGACCAGUCCCCUCCCAGUAGACUUGGCGCCGACGGCCGCGCCAGCGAACAAUGCCGGGUUGCCGAUUGGCACGGAUUCGGUGUUGUCCUCCGCCGCAAAUGCCGCAAAUCCGACGGCAACCGACAACUCGGCACCCGACGCUGAGUUUGACGCUUUGCAUAUCGACUCCAAAUGUGAGGCAAACGCAGACCAUCUUGAGGAGCACGACCGGACUGAGAACGCGCCCGCAGAUGCCCCUCGGCUAGCGGCCCCUCAACUCGCUUCUAAUGCCGCGCCAGGCCUUCCGGCAAGCGCUAGCCGAAGUGCGGAGCACUCGGGAUGUCCUGUACCUCCAUCGUCAGCAACGAGCAGCUUUCCUCCCGGAUCCGCACACGUAACCGCUGGCGCACACGCCGCAACUCCUCCAACCAGCUUGCGUUUACCUGCGGACGGUGCUCCUGCCGCUGCUGAUCGCCCUCCUGUACCAAUGCCUAGUGCUCACAGUGUACACCCUGGCAUGCGGCCACCACAAGAUCCAGUUGGGGGAGUACGUCCCCCUGCUGGUAGAGGAAUGGCGGGGCCGAUGGGCAUGCGCGCCCCGAUGGGAGGUCCCAUGGGCAUGGGAGGACGAGGGGCACAGGUCCCCAUCCAAACCCGCCUGCCCCCAUCGCUCCAGGCCAAGAUGGACAAGCUCGCUGCGCAGCGUUCUGGAGCACCGAGCCCUUCAGCCAACAGCGGUAUGGGCCCAGCCCCGGCUGCGACAUCGAUGGGAGCUCUCCUCCGUCAACAGGCCUUCCGCGCCGGGCAGCCGGGUGCACAACAAGGUCCCAACGCGGGUCCUCUGGGGUUAGCGGCGCGACGGGCUGCAGCUGGCCGGAUGACUCUCAACGCUCCUCCAGGUGCGCCUGCGGGCCGAGGAGGUCUCGUAGCGGCCCGUGGUGGGAUCGCCGGGCGUCGUGGACCACCUGGCGGUCUGUCGUUGGCCCAGAUGGGCGGCCCUGCCCCAGAGGAAUCAAAGUUCAAGGACUUUGGCACGAUCGUGGACCCGAACGGCUCUCUCAAGUUCUCGAAGGCGAUUUUGCACGCUGGAGGCGUCGACUUUGGUGAUGGUCAGAGCUUCAAGAUCAACAUGGACGAGAUUGAGGUUCUGGGCGAGUUGGGCAAGGGUAACUACGGCUCUGUACAGAAGGUGUUCCAUCGACCCACUGGCGUCACGAUGGCGAUGAAGGAAAUCCGCCUCGAGUUGGACGAGUCCAAGCUGAACGGCAUCAUCAUGGAACUAGACAUCUUGCACCGUGCUGCUUCGCCUGAGAUUGUUGAGUUCUACGGCGCGUUCACCAUCGAGUCCUGUGUCUACUACUGCAUGGAGUUCAUGGACGCCGGUUCUCUCGACAAACUCACGAGCACGGGCGGCCAGACGCCUAACGACCUGCUUGCACCUGGCGAGCUUCUUGUGCCCGAGCCCGUCUUGAGACGCAUCACGGCCGGCAUCGUCCGUGGCCUGCGCUUCCUUAAGGAUGAGCUGCAGAUCAUGCACCGUGACGUCAAACCGACCAACGUGCUCAUGAACCGCAAGGGCGAGGUUAAGCUCUGUGACUUUGGGGUCUCGGGCCAACUCGAGAAGAGUCUUGCCAAGACCAACAUUGGCUGCCAAUCGUACAUGGCUCCCGAGCGCAUCAGGGGCGAAUCCCAGAACCAGGUCUCGACAUACACGGUGUCGUCGGAUGUCUGGUCUGUAGGCCUCUCGAUCAUUGAGCUCGCAAAGGGUUGCUACCCUUACCCGCCAGAGACGUUUUCCAACGUCUUUGCGCAACUGACGGCCAUCGUCAACGGUCCAGCGCCUACGCUUCCUCCAGGCUACAGCGAUGAUGCCAACGACUUCAUUGCCAAAUGUCUUCUGAAGGACCCGGCCGCGCGCCCAACGUAUGGCGAGCUCCUGCAGCACCCGUUCCUACUCGCAGACAAGGACUCGGAUGUCGACAUGGUGGCAUGGGUCGCGCACACGCUGGAGCGCCAGGCCAAGCGCGUUGUCAUUCCACUUGCCGAGGUCGCGUCGUAA